AUGGAAGUCAAUACCAGAAGAGCUCGCUUAGUGCUAUUAGAUUUGGAUUAAAUAGACACUUCAAAGAGAUAUUGAACGUCGACAUAACAAAGGACACCGAAUUCAAGUAAGCCAACCAAGUGUUUAUUGCACAAUGUGUAAAACUCAAGAAAGAAGGACUUGCAAAAACUAAACACAAACCCGCCAUUGCCGACGAAGACAUAAAGAGACUUUACGAAUGUGGUGUUUUCAACGAUGAUAACCCAACAACACUUCAGAAUAAAGUCUUUUUUGAAGUUAUGUUGUUCUUCUGUCGCCGAGGGAGGCAGAAUUUACGUCAACUUAAAAAGGAUGACUUUGAAAUACAGACCGACGCCAAGGGCAGACGCUUCGUUGUCAAAACAACGGACGAACUGACAAAGAACCACAGGGAGAAUGACGAGGCAGAAGAUGGAGGAAUAAUGAUGUCAAACGAAGGUUCAUUAUGUCCUGUGGCCUCAUUUGAGAAGUAUUUAUCUCAUUUGAACCCGGCAAAUGAUUAUCUGUUCCAACGACCGAAAACAAGACAGGUGUCAGACAGUGAAGUUUGGUACGACAACAUGGUUCUCGGAGAACACACUUUGGGGAAGAAAAUGAAAGUGUUGUCACAACAAGCUAAUUUGUCUAUCAUUUAUACCAACCACUCGAUAAGAGCAACAGCCGUAACCAUCUUUGACCGAAGUGGAUUUGAAGCUCGUCACAUUAUGUCUGUAAGCGGUCAUCGAAGCGAGAGUAGCAUCAAGAAUUACUGCAAGACCGACCAGAACACAAAAGCAAAGAUGGCAAACAGCUUGAUGUCCGUGAUACCGAGAGACGAGUGCACAGUAACACCUGAAGCUGCUUCUGCACCACUGUUGACUGAUUCACAGGAAGAAUUUCUACUGAGAGAUUUGACG